AUGGACCUCGACCUCAAGAGUAAGCGGACCCGAGUGCUGGCAAUUCCUGCAAUUGAUGAAGCCCUUGCCAAUUGGGUGCUGCAGUGUCAAGCCAAGCGCGUGAUGCUGUCUGGGGAUCUGAUUAAGGCGAGAGAGAGUCUAUUUUCCACAUUGAACGGCAUUCGAGAAGACCAGCUGCUAUUAUUUUUGAAUGGGUGGCUUCAAUCUUUUCAGGCGCGUCACGACUUUAAGCAGCUUAGCGCGUACAGUGAGAGCGGCUCCGUAAACUCAAAGAAGAUACCCGCGCAGGGCGAUGCCAUCCGGGAACAUCUGACAGGAGCCUCGCUUGCUAAACAUUUACAACGUGGACGAAACAGGACUAGUCUACUGCCUUGUGACGAUAAGACUAUCGCCCAAUAA